AUCGACCUUUGCCAGGAGAUAGCCAAUCCUUCUAAGCAGAAAGUCUUCCCAACUCCCCAACGUCCGAUACGUGCAUAUGUAGAACCCUUUGGCGAUCCGCCUGGUGGUCGAUCCGUUUCUAACGUUCAACAUUCUUCCGAGUUCGACUCUUGUCCCACAGGAGCCCAUGUCUGGCUCACUUGGCCUGCUGGACCAGUCCGCAACCACUCUCCGACACCUUUUCCACACUCCCUCAUCGCUUCUUCCUCGUCCUAUCCUUCAGCCAUUUCUCCACUUUCUUUUCUUCCCAGCCAGUCUGUAGAAUCUCGGUCGCAUCUGCCUUCCUCUGCUGCCCAGAGUGGUAGAAAUUGGAGCCUGGUUGCUGGGCUAUUAUCCAUGGAGCCUAUUUGCAGCUACAGCCUCGAAAUGGCCCGAAUACCGCCUUCCAUGACUCUGAUUGCCGAACAGGAAGGGGUGAGGGCAACCAAAAGCACUCGACUGGCCCGUUGGCUCGGCUCAGAGGGUGUGGAUAGGCUCGUUUGGACUCGCCUGGAGCCAGAAGUGAUGUUCGGACAAGAGACUCGAGUCCUGGUCACAGGCUUACCUUUCGCCUCCAAUCUAGUAUUUCGUGUCAUCGCUCACACCCAGCCAGAGGCUUCCUCUGUCAAAAGAUCUUCUGACCCUACAAUACUAGCACUCAGCAGCACUCCUGCGAGCCCUGUUACUCUGGUUACCACAACAUCUUCACGACCGUGUCUCUCACCUAGUGGACUUAAGGUUCAUGUGCAUAUCUCUGGCUGCGAAAAACCGCAAUUCAUCUGCGAAAAAGAGGUUGUAAAGCCCAACAUAGUCAAGCAAUCUUGGAGAAGCUUCAAGUCUGUGGCGCAUACGACUGCUCCUGCCCAGCUCUUUUUGUCUGUUGAAUGGGAUGUAGGUUCUUCGAUAACUUAUUUGGUCUGCCUGUCUGUCUUAAUCAUGGUUUUCAUAUUCUACCUGAGGUAG